AUGGGCAAGCAAAAGAUUGUGCUCAAGUUACCCCUGGAUGACGAGAGGAAGAGGAGGAAGGCCUUCAAGGCUGCUGUGGGCAUGAAUGGUGUGACAUCCGCCACGAUGGAGGGCGACAAGAUCAUCGUCGUCGGCGACGGUGUGGACCCCAUCACGCUGACGACCAUGCUCCGGCGCAGCCUAGGCCACGCGGAACUGCUCAGCGUCAGCUCCGGCGACGACAAGAAGAAGGGCGAUGGGUAUGGCUACGGGAGCGGCGGUGGCAUGAUGUACGGUGGUGGCGGUGGCAUGGGCUACGGCGGUGGAUUUGGUGGUGGCAAAGAGGGAAAAGAGAGCGGCGGCGGCGGUGGUGGCAAGGGCAGCAGCGGCCCUGCAGGCUACGGCGGCGGCCACUACCAGGCGAUGCCACCGGUCUCCUACCCUACCUACCAGCAGUACAACGCCAUGCCGUCCUACCCUGCCGUCUACUCCUACCCUGCAGCUUACCCGCAGCAAGAACAGGACCCUGGAUGCAGUAUCAUGUGA